ACGCGCACGCGCUAAUCAGCGGUGUGUGCAUAAUGGGCUUUGAUAAGAAGGAUGUGCGUUGGCUGUCACAUGACAAGGCGACCACUACCCUGAGGAGGUGCCUUCCCUCUGUUUACAAAAGCUUGGAGCGUGAGGCCGAAGAAAGAAACGAUGCAAGGGCAGCUGGUACAUCAACAAUUUUGUCCCUCUACAAGCUGGCAGCCGUUGGCCUGCUCCUCCCUACAUCUACAGCUGACUGCGAGAGGGGAUUCAGCACGAUGAAAAGGAUAAAGACGGAGAAUCGUGCUCGCAUGAAGUCUGCUGUCCUCAAUGCACUGAUGACGGUCAGCAUUGAAGGGCCAGACAUUGAGGCAGUAGAUUUCGGGAAAAUGGUGGAUGCCUGGCACCAGGAGAAGCCUCGCAGAACAGUGUUUUGAACAUGUAAUAUGUGACUGUAUUGUUGUUGUUUUUCAAUCAUGUUUUGCUUGCUAAUGUCUACUGUUAUUCUGCUUUUUAUUUAAUAUUUAAAUACAUGACUUGAAUGAAAUAAAUUGAGGACAAAUAAAUAAAUAAAAAAAGAGAAAAUGUUGUGUUUUAGAAGC